AUGAGCGCGGAAACGAAGGCGAUGACACCACCUUUACCAGCAGCAAACGCCACUUUUUCUCACCAAUCAUCAUCCACAGACGAUCUCCCUCGCGCGCACAUCAAGCGUUUGAUGAAACAUCACCUCUCGCAAUUCACGCACGUGGAUUCCAAAACCGCGCAAGCGUUCGAACCGAACAUCGCGAAAGAUGCCUUGGAUGGCGUCCAGCAAGCGUGCAAGAUAUUCAUACACUACCUGACGUCCACGGCGAACGACAUAUGCGCGGAGAGUAAACGGAGCACCUUAUCCGCGGUACGUUUCGUUUGGGUUUGGUGGUUCUUCUUUCGGAUGGAUUUUGAAUUUUGA